CGAGAGAGAGAAGAACGAAGAAGUCCAAUAAGAGUGUGUCUGUUUUUGUACGAAAUCAACCACCUCAUCACCUGGGCGAGAUCUCAGCGAUCAGUUUCCUUCGUAACAUUCUUGAAGUGACUCGAGUUUUAUCCGGCCUUUUUUUGAGACGCUCGAGCAUGGUGGUUUAAAGUGAUCUGUUUGCACAAGAGACAACGCAGUAGUUUGAGUCGCAAAGAUGCUGCGGAACUGGAACGCAUGUAUGCGAAAGUGUGUCGUGUUGAUUGUCGCAAUCUUUUGUUUCGUUGCUUCGAGCCGUGGAGAAAACAUUCCGAUAAGCGAUGGUGAUGUCAAUGUCGGGAAAUCUCCGUGCCGAUAUGCACGACACAGCUAUGGAGGAGACAUUGCUAGAGAGCAAAGACAAAUGGGCCUUCCAGGACUUGGAUUGUUUGGAAUAAAUUUAUUUGAAAAAGUUGCCACCGAUACGGCGAAUGUUUUGGGCAGCGUGAAUCAGCAAGUUGGAACAGCCUUCAACCAACUGUCCAGGCCUUACGCUACAGGACAACCAGGAUUUAAUUUUGGAUUUGGUUUGAAUAGUGGAUAUCCUGGAUACGGUCAGAAUCCUUACGGCUAUGGUCAACCACCUCCACCACUUAAUGGUUAUCCGCCUCAGCCACAAGGACAUCGUCCACCGUAUGGUGGACUUCCUCCACAUGGAGGCUACCGACCUGAUAGUCAUGAGCAAAAUCAUCAUGGUCAUGGGCAUGGCCAUAAUCAUGGUCAAGGUGGAGGAUAUGCCAGUGGUUAUGAGCAUAGCCAUUACCAUGGCAAUGAUCACGGUCACGGAGGUGGUCAUGGUCAAGGUAAUGGAUAUGCCGGUGGUAAUGAGCAUAGCCAUUAUCAUGGCAAUGAUCACAAUCACGGAAGUGGUCAUGGUCAUGGUAAUAAUGGGCAGUAUGGUCAAGGGCACAAUCAGGGACAGAAUGUUUUCCUGCCACCCCAAGGCAAUGGUCAAGAAAUCAAUCAAGGAGUAAUUGCACCACCUUCGCCGCCAAGAAUCCCAGAAUCACCACCAACAACCACAGGUGGCCUCCACAUUGUUCCCGUGUACCCAGAAAUACCAGUGCAAGCUUCUUCUACCCCAGCAGCACCCCCACCACCACCCGUUCCAGCACCUCCACCACCAACUGUCCCUGUUGAUCCACAACCUGCACUACCUGCUCCACCACCACCCCCUCCAUCUCCAGCGGCAUCAACACCAGCUCCAAUUCCAUCUACAACUACCGAAGAUAUUUAUGACGUCACCUACGACAUCGACAUCCGAGGUGAAUUCGACGAAACCAACCAAACCCGCAGAAGACGACAACUGUUCCCGAACCUGUUCAACUCUAUCGGAAACAUUGUGCAGACUGGUGUAAAUCUGGCAAAUCCAGCCACCUACCAACAAACCGGUCAACAGCCUUUGUUCCCCAUAUUCGGAGGAUUUGGACAGCGACCAAUUUUCGGUCAACCCAACUCCCAAACUCAACCAAGCUCCCAAACUCAACCAGGUCAAAUCAAUGGAUUCCAACCACAGCCGCAGCAACAACCUGUAACUCAACCACCUCCUAAUCCUGCACCUCCCACAACCGGCCCCAGCUUGCAGCAACAUCGUCCCCAGCCUGCUCCUCAACCCGCUCCUCCCACGUUUGCCCCUUCCCCUCAAACUCCACCACCAGUACCCAUUAACCCUAAUCCCGAACCGGAAAUCCCUGAACUCAACCUCCAAAACCUCGGAGGGUCCGAAUUCAACUGGACUCCGGACAACAUUGGCGCUCAUCGGAUCCGCCGCGAUACGGACGCAAUCUUCUUCCCGGAUGACGAAAUCUUCGAACGCCCACUCCCCAUUCGACCACCAUCGAAUCAGGCAUUCCAAACGUCCGUUAAGCAACCGUUCAGCGGAUCCCAAGCUGGAGGUCAAUCACAGUCGCAAAACGUCUUCGGGGGCUUCGAACAGAGCAGCGGAUCCCAAUCGCAAUCACAAAGCGUCCAGAAUGCACUGGGCACAUUCAACCAGAACGCCGCGGGUAGCACCUCCGGUAACAUCGCUACCGAUGGAUCGUCAGGUCAGCUUAGCGCUGCAAACACUAUGCAACAGAGCUUCCAAACCGCAGAUUCCUCAGGCAGUAAGAAUUCCGCCCAAAGUCAAUCGGCCAAUUUCGACGACAAAGGAAACCUGGCGUUGACUUCGUCCAAUGCCAAUACAAAUUCAAUCCGCGAAAAAGAUCGGUUUAAGGAGCAAUCAAACGCUGGAUCGUCCUCAGCUCUGCAGAAUCAACACGGAACGUCCUCCAGCAAUGCUCAGACCGAUUCGGAGACAUUCUUCGAGAACGGAAUUCAAGGCAACAAGAACAGUGCAUCCAGUCAGUCGCAGCAAACGAACAAGGAUGGUUCGGUAUCGGGAGCAAAUGCGAACACAUUCAGCAAUACCUUCACCGGUCCGAAUGGGCUGCAGGGAAGCUCUUCGUCGAGUCAGUCAUCCAGUUUAAAUCAGGGACCGGUCGGUGGAGGCGGUGCGUCAUCGUCGGCAACGGCGAGUUCAUCGUCCGGUUCUGGCACCGGAGGUGGUUCCUUUAGCAUAAGCGGGUCAUUCUCGGGGAAUCCCCCGUUCCAUGUAUUUCCCAAUUUGUUCAACCAGUUGCAGGGAAAGUAAACGAGCGUUAGAUAGUAAGUUGC